AUGGGUGAAAAGAAUGAUGGGCUGGUUGAUGUUUACUUUGAGCAUGCAGUUUCAACACCAAAAAUUCUUGAGGGAAAUGAGAUUGUGGUGUAUGUUGAGGGUGACCAUGAUGAUUUGAGAGAGGUUAGUGAUGAACCUGACAAUGAACCCCUACAAGACAAGAUCCCAAACCAAACUAAUAUACCCACUGUCCCUACUGAUGAGACUCCAUUCACCAACAACAAUGAACCAACGCAUAAUACCUCACCACCCAAAAGCACAGAACCAACAGAUCCUGGUGCUAAUAACCGAACACCCAAAAAUAUAAUUCCACUACCACAUCCAACUCUAAUCCUAGCCAAGCUACUACUGCAAAGCAUGUUAGCAAGACUCAUCCAGUUAUCCCAAAAGCUAAACCCAAUUCAAAUGCCAACCCAAAUCCGAAAUCCAAUACUACAUCAUCCUCCAAGGCCAAUGCCAACCCGAAGAAUUCCUCCAAGCCCAAGCCCAAGCCCAACCGGAAUUCUGUGUCCAAGCCCAAACUAA